GCGCGUUGUUUAUCAGAUGAGCCUCUAGCAACUUGCACGGCCGGGGAGAGCUAGCUGACGGCAGCAAUGCAUGUAGUGGAUGUCAUGAUCCGUUAACCGGGUUCGACGUUGAAUCAUGGAGCAUCCGAAUGCCUUCGUUGUAGUCGAUUGCAGUGCUCUCCUCCGUCAGAGCCGUGAUCCCGGUGUUUCGGCGAGGUUGUUUAUAGCGCUUGCUCUUCUCGCAGAUGUGUGGGGGUGAAAUAACCGACUCGUGAUCGCUACGUGACACCCCAGCCGAUCUUCAGUGCGUGAUUCUUGCCAACCCUCUCGGUUCUCGUGUUCCUCGACUCCCAGUUUUGCUUUCUCGAGCCAUUAAUGGAGCGUGAGCUCGAGUUGCCGUCGGAUUUGUAGUGUUCUCCGCUGGGAUCGCGUGUCUAGGGGAUUCAAUGUAAAUCCAUCCGCCAUUCUCGGAAUGCCUCGCUUUCUUUCGGAGCAACAAUGGGAUCUGUGUGGGCUCUUCAUCACCAUUCGUGUCGUGGCCGUGCUUGAAGCCGUAUCCCGCUGUCGUUAUCGCGAAUGAUGCUGGAGAAGCGUUUCUUUGGUGGCACUUUCGGCAGGAAGACCUUGGCCCGCCAGACGAAAUGGUUCGCCUCCUUAUUUGACCCGCAGCAGCAGCCAACGUGGAGACUCUGGGGAGAGGAUAGAGAAGAGGGGGCCAUCUAUACCGUGUAUCUCAAGAAAGUCCGCUAUCACCGACCGAGCAAAAGUGUCAAUAGCGACUCCGAGGACGAGAUCUCCCAUCUGGAAUGGGAGACCGUGAAGGUGCGCCUGAUCAAGGCAGGGACGUUGGAGAAGCUGGUCUGGGCCCUGGCCGCGUCGGACACGGGGGAACUGGAAUGCACCAUGGUGCACGUGUUCCUCGCUACCUACAGGGCGUUCGCCACGGCGGAACAGGUCCUUCUCCUUAUCGUCUCCAGGUACAAAGAGUUGGGAGACGAGUCGACAAGCGGGGGGAUGGUUGAUAACUUGAGGGAGCAGCAUCAGCGAACUCUCCGCCAGACGCUGGCCGUGUGGCUGGACAUGUACCCUGAGGACUUCAAUCAACCCCCGUCCUUUCCCUGUCUCAUGCAAUUGUUGGCUUUCCUCCAGACCCAUUGCUCGGAUCCCCAUCUCGAGUCUCGGGUUCGAGGCCUCCUGGAUUCCGGAAUGCGACAGCAUAAUGGCGAAACCUGUCAACUGCUGAAACAGAUAAUGUCGUCGGAUGACGAAGUCCGCUGCACUUCUCCCGUCCCGAACGGAGUUGUCUCCAGCGUUACCUACUCCUCGUUGUUGGACAUAUCCAAUCGGCACUUCGCGGAGCAACUCACUCGCAUGGAUAUGGAAUUGUUUCGAAAGCUGAGACCGCAUCAAUGCUUGGGAGCGAUAUGGAGUCGACGUGACCGACCAGACCAGGCAACUGCCUCCGUCUCGGCCACCGUUGAACAGUUCAACGCCGUCUCCUUUCGGGUUCUCAGUACCGUCCUGAUGGAAGUGGAUAUGAAGCCUGCUCUAAGGGCCAAGAUUAUUGCCAAGUGGAUUGAUAUUGCUCAGGAGUUGCGAAUGCUGAAAAAUUUCUCCUCGCUGAAAGCAAUCAUAUCAGGACUUCAGUCCACACCUAUCUAUAGGCUCAGGAAAGUGUGGCUGUCUCUUCCCAGGGAAAAGGGUGAACUGUUUGAAGAACUGGCUCGGCUCUUCAGUGAAGACAACAAUCGACUGGCUCAAAGGGAACUGCUUCAGCGAGAAGGUACAGCUAAGGUAGCUGAGGUCACUAGUCAUUCAGAUAAACAGCUGCCAAAGCUCCUCCAGCGACACAAUGCUGCCUCUUGUAUCAAACUCCUCCAAGGGGCAGCAGGAGCAUACCACAUUGAACCAGAUUCGAAAUUCCAGAGGUGGUUUGAGUCAUGCAUUGUUUUGGAUGACAAAGAAAGCUUUGAGCUUUCAUGCUUGAUUGAACCUCAAGGCUCAACACCUGGUGGUGGAAGUGCUGUUGGGAGCAGGUGUGGAAGUGGACAUCACAAGAAAGGGAGGACAGAGCUGUUUGGUGAGCUGUCAGAGCCCUUGGAGAGUCUUACAGUGUUUAAGCUGCUUGGUUCAGUUGGGUUCCACCAGAAGAGUGAUAGUCUGGCCAGCAAUUCUUCUGGGGGAUCCUCACAGUUCUUUGAUGCCACUUCAGAGAGUCUCAAUUCAAGUCUACAUGAGACUGCUUCUCUAGAAAGAAAGAUGUCAACAUCUUCAAGUAGCAGUUCCUUGCCCUCAUUGGAUGCCAGUAUGGGCAGUGGAGCCACAAAUUCUCACUCCACUCAAAGUGUGGAGCUACCAACUUCCAGUCCUUCCUCAAGUGUGUCUAGUCCUUACAGAACCCCAGAGUUUUACAUUAUUCGUGUCUCACUGGAGAGUCACUCUUCAGAAGUACAAGGUGUGAAUCUAUAUAAGAGUAUCAUGUUGAGCAACAGUGACCGUACCCCAUCAGUUAUCCGCAGUGCCAUGAUGAAGCAUGGGAUUGAAGGGAAGCCUGAGGACUACACCCUGGCUCAGAUCUUACCCCAUGGAGAGAUGGUGUUCCCUUCCAAUGCGAACGUAUACUACGCAAUCAACACUCAUCAUGACCUGAAUUUCAUUCUGCGCCACAAGAAGCCCGGGGAAGAGGUCCCAAAAGCGGGGAUCACAAUGCGAGAGACAAAAGUGAAGAAGAAGCUUCUGUCACUCAUGACAUGAUCGCUAUGGGAACGACCUGCGAUCGGAUUUGUGGCUUUGACUGCCCACUACUAGCAAUGUGAUAAUGCCCUGUGCUCGCACGAGGCGCACUGGGUCCCCAGCCAUUCAAGCCAAAGCUCAUGGAUGCUGAAUGCAUAAAGAGAGAAAUGGAUGGGAAUCAGUGACCAAGUCCUCUCUCUCUCUGUCUUUGGUGCUAUCUUGUGGUCGCAGCAGAUGAAGAUAAUGAAAGCUUUCGGGCUUGUUGUACCCUUCCCUGGGCAUAAUUGAGUUCUUUGAAUUGUUUGCAGUCUUUGUCAUCAGUUAUUGAGAAAAUGGCUUUCACUUUAGUAUAUGCUGUCUCAAGACUGACUUCCAUAAAUGUUCUACAUCUGCUACACCAGUGGCAAUGUAUGCAUGAGAUUUCUUUAUUUCUUUGCUUUUAUAUCUUACUUUUAUUAUCAGGACAUAAUUAUUUCUUUUUAAGCUUAAUCUGAAUAUUUAAAAUCAGGUAUAUUACUGGCAUUUCACUUUUCUUACAAUAUGCCCAUUUCAUGAGGACUUUCCAACCCAGCCAAAGGAUGCAGAGGGAGAAAUUUGAAAAUUAUCGCUGUGUCAAUGUGAAGUCACAUGAAAGGGCAGGUGAUAUAUCCUCAAUGAGCUUCAUGAAUGUGCUUGUGAAAUGCAUUGUUGAACUCCAACUUGCCCAGGGAGGGGAGAAGUGAACAGCCUGAUUUUUACGCUUGUCUCAUGGAUACCAUGAUUGUACAGAGAGAAAUAUAUUCUCCAAGUGACAUCUUUGCUCUUGUCAUUGUGAACCUUUC